GCUGUCGUGGGUGCUGUGACGGGUGCUGAAGCGGGCGGACCAAACGGGGGCGCAGACGCCGGCGCGGCUACUAGCGCGGGUGCGGGUGCCGUGGUGGCGGGUGCCGUGGAGGGUGCUCCCGAGAGUGCUGCGCAUGCUGGGGUUGCGGUCGGUGGUGCGGUCGAAAGUGCGGCGACUGCUGCGCCUGCAGCGGGCGGCGCUGCCGGGACUGCUGGUGGAGCGGGGAUGGGCUUGCCAGCCGGAGCCAGCGGGCAGGGCAAGACGGAGCAGAGCGCGGCUGGAGGAGCGAUGGUCGAGGAGGGAGUGCCUGUGCGCGGCGGAAUGACCGGCGAGGGCGGCGCCGCGGCGCCGCGGCGGGCUGACGGCGGGAGCGGCGAGGGCGGAGGCGAGGGCGGCGAGGGACCGGCCGGCGCGGCGGCCAAGGCCAACGAGCCGUACGAGUGGAUCAUCCCGAUGCUGGUUGUGGAACCGAAUCCGCACGGUCCAGUGGCAAUCGACACGGCCAAGCGCAAGACGGCGGGCCAGAUCAAGGUCGAGGGCGAGGCCAAGUGUGCAGCGUGGUGCCGUCUCGGGUACCGGCUAGCGCGGGCGACGCAUGGCGUGGCCAAGGGCUCGUGGUACUGCGAGCUGGCGGUGCUUGAGCCCAAAGCCGAGCACGUCCGCGAGGCGCCGCAUCAUCCGGGCGUCCGCGUUGGGUGGGCCAACCACCGAGCCGAGAUCAACGCGCCGGUCGGCUACGACCGGUUCGGCUACGCGGUGCGGUCGCGCGACGGCGCCAAGUUCAACAAGGCCCGCGGCGAGGCGUAUGGCAAGCCGUUUGGUCCCGGUGACGUCGUCGGCCUCGCCAUCCACCUUCCGGAGGAUUCCAAGCCGUACGAGCCGCCCGAGGUUCGCGAGCUCCGUGUCCGGUCGUGGACCGCGCCUAAGAUGCCUAAGCCGCGCGAGCCCGAGCCGCAUCCGGCCUCGUACAUCGAGUAUUUCCUCAACGGCGUCUCGCUGGGGAAGGCCUUUACCGACGUCCUCUCCACCACCUACUAUCCUGCGGUCUCGCUGUACAUGGGCGCGUCGGCAGAGUUCCGAUUCCACCCCAACGCCUUUAGCCACACUCCGCCGGCAGGCUUUGCGCCGCUGUCGGAGCUCGAGACGGUGCGCCCGCCGACGCCCGAGCCUGAGCCCGAGCCGGCCGUCACCGACGCCGGAGCGCCGGUGGCUAUGGACGCCACCGCGCCAGCUGAAGGUGGCGACGUUGACGUCGCGGUUCCGGCCAAGAAGCAAAAGCUGCUGGACGAGAGCGGCGCCGUGACCGCAACCACGACCGCCACUGCACCCGGCCACGAUGAUGAGUCUGGGCUGGCGGUGAUGGAGACAACGCAAUGA